AUGUUGGGAUAUGAAACGUCCCAUCACGUUUCCGGCAUUUUCUUCGAAGCCAUAACCUUUUAUGAUCAGGUUGAGACCAUAGGCGUCACACUGGAGCCCAACCCCCAAGAAACCAAGAAUGCCUCAACAAUUAUCUCCGUUCCGGCGCUUAAAGCACUCAAACCCAAAAACUUUUUUUCUGAGAACAUUGGCCGUGCCUUUGUGAGCAAAGCUGCUUUCGCCGGGGCUAAAACCAUACGAGCACAGCAGCAUGGAUCCCGAUAUACUGGUCUAUUAGCUACCUUUGAAGAUGAAACGAAGCUGGCUCUGGGGCAGUGGGACCCUAGCCAGUUGGAUACAAUAUCCCUCAUCUACACUAGAGAACAGGGGCCACUCAGUACAAUUGUUUUCAUCCUCUCUGAGGUUGUAGAAAAGGAUCGUCUUGCAUUCAAAAAGUAUGUGGAGGAUAUUGUUCUAUGCGAUACUGAAACAAAGAGGACCUGUUUCAAAUGGACAGAUCUUACGGUAG